ACAAGUUUCAGAAAAUGCAAGUUGCUGCUAUGCACGUUGUAGCGUAUGCUGUAAUCCUUUUUACGGCCUGUCAGGCACAAAGCUCUAAUCAAUGUACAUCGAACAUCUAUGCCUAUGUAGCUUCUCAACCUUAUUCUUUCUCAACUCAAAAUGAGUGCUUUUUGGCAUGUGUAAGUAAAGUUACAUGCUUCAUCUAUGAAUUCCACGUUUCUAUUGGAUAUUGCCUAGUCUACUUCUUCUCUCAGUCCGUCAACCCCAACUACAAUGUAGAAUAUGUAGUCACCUGCCCUAAUGAUGCAACACACUGUUCUGGUUAUCUUUCGGGCACAUUCGUCGCUGUAACUGCAGCCACACCAACGGAUUGUUUCCAAAAGUGCGUAGAGAAUCCUAAAUGUUUGAACUACAAAAUGCCUAGUGGCGGCGUGUGUCAGAAUAAGAUUGCAGAUGGGGUAAAGAUAGACCCAACACUUCAAGUCGAAUCGGAUCCAUUAAUACGAUGCGAAAUGCGUACGUUUAUUAUACUUUUGCUUAUCUUUGUUUUGAUGUGUUUCUGA